GUCGGCGCAAGCCCAGUGGGGACUGGCGUGGGCGCCUGAUGCCGGCAGCUCCUCACGCGGGCGGGAUGAUGCAGGGGGAACAGAGUCCAGCUACUUCCCUCAUUGACAGAACCAUCAAGAUGAGGAAAGAGACUGAAGCCAGGAAAGUAGUUUUGGCUUGGGGACUCCUUAAUGUGUCAGUUGCAGGCAUGAUUUAUACUGAAAUGACUGGAAAACUGAUAAGUUCAUAUUAUAACAUUACAUACUGGCCACUGUGGUAUAUUGAACUUGCACUUGCAUCUUUGUUCAGUCUGAAUGCCUUAUUUGAUUUCUGGAGGUAUUUCAAAUACACGGUGGCACCAACUAGCUUAGUUAUGAGUCCUGGACAGCAGACCCUUCUUGGGCUUCAGAAUGCAUCAGUACAAACAACUCCGCCCCGUGAGCUAGUGACAAAGAAGGUCCCUUCUUCAACACCUUCUCCUCCAAUCCUGGGUCAGAGCGUGCUGAGUUACAGCCCAUCCCGCUCACCUAAUACCAGCCCAAAGUUUGCCACUGGUUGCAUGACUGGGUACAGCCCUCAGCUACAGGUUUUGUCAGGCAGCAGCGGUUCUUAUAGCACUGCUGUGACCUACUCACCAAACAGCAGCUACAGUAAGGUAUCCAGCUUCAAUCCCUCUCCUGGUGGCUCACCAUACCCCACCAGCAUUGGACCAGUGGAAAGCAGUGGGCUGAGGUCUCGGUACCGUUCUUCGCCAACUGUGUAUAACUCCCCUAUUGGCAAAGAAGACUAUAUGACAGACCUAAAGUCCUUGGACAGCUUCCUUCAAAGUGAAGAAGAGAAGCAACAUCGAGUUCAGCUGGGGAGUUCAGAUUCCAGUUCUCCUUCCAGCAGUCCGACUCUCUGGAACUACAGCCGUUCCAUGGGAGACUAUGCACAGAUGCUGAGGAAGUUCCAGUACCAGCUGGCCUGCAGGUCCCAAGCCCCAUCAGCACACAAAGAUGAAGCUGAUCUGAGCUCUAAGCAAGCUGCGGAAGAGGUUUGGUUGAGGGUGAUAAUGAAUCGACAACUACUCAAUCAUGUGGACUCAUGGACAGCUAAGUUCAGAAAUUGGAUUAACGAGACUAUUUUAGUGCCACUUGUGCAAGAGAUUGAUUCUGUGAGCACUCAGCUGAGAAGAAUGGGGUGUCCAGAGUUGCAGAUUGGAGAAGCCAGUAUUAGCAGUCUGAAACAAGCCGCUCUUGUUAAAGCUCCACUCAUCCCCACACUGAACACUAUAGUGCAGUACCUGGACCUUACACCAAACCAGGAAUAUUUGGUUGAAAGGAUCAAAGAACUUUCUCAGGGAGGAUGCAUGAGCUCAUUCCGAUGGAACAGAGGAGGGGACUUCAAGGGCCGUAAAUGGGAUACUGAUUUGCCCACUGAUUCUGCUAUCAUUAUGCAUGUGUUCUGCACUUACCUUGACUCCAGGCUGCCUCCUCACCCAAAAUAUCCUGAUGGCAAAACAUUUACCUCGCAACACUUCAUUCAAACACCAGAUAAGCCAGAUGUUUCAAAUGAGAAUGUGAUUUGCAUCCACCAGAGCACCAUCAACCCUCCCCACUAUGAGCUUAUCUACCAGUGCCAAGUCUACAAUCUGCCCAAGGGCAGAAACAACAUGUUCCAUACCUUGCUUAUGUUCCUGUGCAUCAUAAAGACAAAAGAAUCUGGGAUGCUCGGGCGAGUAAAUCUUGGCUUAUCAGGAGUGAAUGUUCUGUGGAUCUUGGGAGACUAGUACAUCAUGGUUCACUGUGGAUGGCCUCCACCGUCACAUAGUGAGAAACAAUUGUGCAUCUCUGAGAUAACUGAGCAGCUUAUUACACUUGUGCCUUGAACAUAAACCUACAACGAUGUACUAGUGUGAUAUCCUGGUGAACAUAGGAUACGUUUACAUUCAAUACACUGUUCGCAUGAGAACAUGCUUCCAGCAUUGAAAUACUCCUACCAGCUCUUAUUGCGCAAAGACGUCUCUUUACAACUUCCCACCUUCACAAGCCCCACUUUAAAAGCCUUCACCAUUCUUCUGGCUGAGUUGCCCUCCAGAGGCCAUCACUGCUGAUACUUGAAUUAGAAGCAACUCAACGGUACCCCUGCCAGCUUGGGGAAUGAAUUGUGAGCCCAUCUCAUCUACAUGGCAAGGUAGAAUACUACAGUGCAACUUGGACUGCCCUACUAAGGUUGUACACUGCUGCUUGGCACUUGUUACUUCAGUGCUGCCCCUUGAAAAAUCAGUCACUGCCAAGUACAAAAAUCAGUGUGGCCAAGUAGAAGAUCCACAUGCACCAGGAAAUGCCACAUAACCAGGAUUCUCUUCAGCUUAUGCAGAAAGGCUUGUGGCUAACCAUCAUUGGAGGACCAGUGUAGUGGGAUUUUGUGGCACCACCACACUUUUAAAGUGACUGCACUGAAGGUGUAAGUGAAAGAAAACUUCAGACCCUACACACCAGUUAGACUAUAUUCUUAUGAAUCUUUUUUUAAACAAAAUAAUCCAAUAUCUUUUAAACUUGAGUGUGUUUGGGGCAACAAAACGUUGCUGAUGUCUUGACUGAAAUUGAAGUCUUGCCCGAAUGUCCUUUAUUUUUUAAAAAGUUCUCACAUUAGUGUUUCUGGUAUUAAUCCCCUAUUUUAGAGGUGUUUGAGCUGUAAAAAAUUUACUCUAAAAUGGAACGUAGCUUCAGUGUCUCUGCAAAAGAACAAAAUCUUUACACUUAAAUCAGGAUGUCCUAGGAGUCCAAAGAGACAUCCUCUCCUCCACCCCCACAUAGCACCAUAUUGCUGUGAAGUUCUUUAUAACCAAGGACAAACAGAUGCAACCUGACCAGCGUUAGUCAUUGGAGGGAGUUGAGGCUCUGCUGGUUUUUCCUGCCUGGGGCAAAUAGCAAUGACCCAGAAGCAAGAAUCAAAUUUAUGACUUGAACUCCUAUUCUGUAUGGGUGGCACGUCACUUUAGAUCCUCAGACCAGCCAACACCUUAUUUUGAGAAAAAAGAUGUUCUGCUCUAGUAUGUAUAAUGAUGCGGUGUCCCUGGAUAAACCAACAUGGGUGUUUUUUUUACAGUUAUAUAAGCAAUUGCUUUGCAAUGUAGACUAGUUGCUCCUUGGAAAAAUUUGAGUUAAACUUGUUUUAAACAAAAUGGAUUCCUACAUGUAUGCCAAGGUUUUUCCCUAUAGGGAUGAAGGAUCCAUUGCAAAUCCUGGUAACCAGGCAAUUUUAAAAAUGUGUGCUAAAGGUUCUUCUUUUAAAAAAAAAAUAAUAUUGUGGGGACAAUUUCAGAAGCCCUCCGGUAAGGGUAAUGUUAAGGGUCCUCCUGUUUCUCUCUCUCUUGUCAUAAGGCAUGAGGUUAAGGCCGAGUGGCCUGCUUAAUUUUACCCUUUCAACCCACAAUGACCAGAAAAUUGAGACCUUAAUGUCACUGUGUUAAACUGCCAACGAUGAUGCUCUGUGGAAUCCUGCUGAAAGUAUUCCUCCAGGAUUCACAGAAAGAGCUGGCUGGCUCGACUUGUGAAGAAUACACUAGAUUUGUAUUCGUUUUACACUCUUUUGUACUGUUUUCAUUUUUUUACUGAACUGUGGAUUGCCUAUCUCGACGAGAGCAGGUGGGGAGGGGUUUGGAAAUGUGUCCUUUUUACUAUGCUCAGCAGAAUUACCAUUCAUUAUCUCAGUUGGACUGUUUGGUUUUUUUAAUGCAUGAGCCGAACUUACUGCCAUUGUACGUCAGAACUGCAUCUUAUUCAAGAUACAACUUCCCCAAGGGGAGGUAUGAAUUUUUCCUGGAGAUCAGACUGUUAACAAUGGUUAAUUUGGUGCCUGUAUUAAAUGGGUUCAUUUGGUUAAA